AUGUCCAUACAACCUGCAGCACCCACCUCCGACAGACGCGUCCUCGACCGCCUAUGGUUCCACCCCGUGGUGGUCAUUGUCGUUGGUAUCGGUUCGUCUCGUUCGGGGGAGAAUGUUGAGAAGGCCGCGAAAGUCGAGUGUCUACUUUAUCGACAUGCAUGUGGUGCUGCAAUGUUUCACUUGGAUGGGACAGGCGAUGUCGGCUCCUUUCCCUUUCUGUCACCCAAUAUAUGGCCCAAUACCUGCAGCACGGCAUCGUGGCUGUUUCCGGGUUCCUGUUUGGUUCCUGGCGUAAGCCCUGCGCUCUGCACGUCUGGCGCACAUGGCACAUGGGCUGAUGGGCCACAGGCGACACAGCAGCACAUGGACCACUGGAAUCUUGGAGCCCUGGAAGAGGCCAGGCGGGGCCAGGCUCUCUGGCCGUCUGCCCAGAGAGGCGCAAAGCAAACUAACGAAAUAGUGGGCCCCUAG